AACGUGGGUACGGGACCUUAGCCACACCCUUGGCGCAUCACGGACGAACCACGUCGUCAGCAUCCUCGAACACACCUGUGCUUUGUCUUAGCAAACAACACGUCUUCACCAUCGUUCCGUUCGGAUUACCCUAUCAUCGCCCCAACGUAACCUCCAUUUCAUAACCAUAAUCGACGAUUCGAAUUGGCCGCGCGUCUAACCUUUAUCCGGCAUCGACUCCCGUAACUGUCGUCAGCUCGCAAACAAACACAUCGCAAUCGUAAUAACAAUCGCCACGAUGAGUUCAUUAGGCACAUACUUCCUGGACGUCGUGUACUCGUUCACAAACUGCAUGGUCUGCUUCCCAAGCUCACCUCAACUCAAAAUCAACAGUCGGAGUUUCAAGAUAUUACGGUUGCUGGGCGAGGGUGGUUUCUCAUAUGUAUAUCUCGUACAAGAUAACUCGAAUCAACAACUCCUUGCGCUCAAGAAGAUACGAUGUCCCUUCGGACAAGAAAGCGUGAGCUUGGCGCUCAAAGAAGUCGAGGCCUACACACUAUUCUCGCCGCACCCGAACAUUAUACACUCGAUUGACUACUCUGUUGAGACCGACAAAUCAGACUCGUCUGCGAAGACUGUGUACAUCCUUCUCCCAUACUACCGUCGAGGUAAUCUACAAGAUAUGAUCAACGCGAACCUGGUCAAUCACACAAAGUUCCCUGAGCGGAGACUCAUGGUGCUGUUCUUAGGCGUCUGCAAAGCGCUAAAGGCAAUGCAUCAGUACAAGAUUAAAGGUGGACCUGGCGGCGCGCGAAGUGAGGGCAAGGCCAAGAAAGUCAGGAGAGAUGCAAAGAGAGCAGACGCGGAAGCUGCAGAGAGCAUGGAAAUGCGCCCAAGCAGGAGAAACCGCGAUCAUGAGGAAGACGACGAACAAGAGGCAGAAGGACUGCUAGAAGAGUCGGAAGUUACAGCGGCGCAUGAAGGCAUUGCGCCUGGCGGAGAGAGGGCAUACGCGCAUAGGGACAUCAAGCCUGGCAACAUAAUGAUAGACGACGACGGCAAGACACCCAUCCUGAUGGAUCUCGGCUCCCUCGCGCCAUCACCAACACCCGUAACCUCACGCUCUCUUGCCCUACAAAUCCAAGAUACCGCCGCCGAACACUCGACCAUGCCAUACCGCGCCCCUGAACUCUUUGACGUUAAGACCGGCUCAGUCAUCGACACCAAAGUCGACAUUUGGUCGCUCGGUUGCACACUUUACGCAUGCUUAGUCGGCAAGAGCCCCUUCGAGGCUAGGUCAGACGAGACGGGUGGUAGUCUGAGCAUAUGUGUUUUGGGCGGUGACUGGAGGUUCCCAGAUGAGGGUAUGCAGAGGGGCAAGCAAAAGGCCAACCCUGAGGAUGCGAUCACAGAUAGUGUGAAAGAGGUGGUGAGGAAGUGUUUGAGGCUGGAGCCCAAUGAGCGGCCGGAUGUUGACGAGCUGAUUGACAUUGUCGAGGAUGUACUGAGGGAGCUCCCAGAGGAUGGCUCGGACGACUAGGUGAUGCGCACCCAUUGAUGAGUAUGCUUGUAUGAGUACAUUUCUUUUCUAUCCAGCGUGAGUAUGUCCAAAAACUGGACAAGCCGUCUUUCCACACGGUUGAGCGUCUCGUAUCACUCCAAUAUACCCUUUCACCUACUGACUUCGUCGCUUUUCCCUCAUCUUGUAGCGUCCGUGCUCCCGCUAACAACUGCCUCUCUCUCUCUCACUUAACGGAUGAUUGCUC